ACCACAGAAGCUCCAACCACAACCACAGCUGCUCCAACCACAACAACAAUUCCUUCAACCACAACAGCUACACCAAGCACAACCACAGCAGCUCCAAGCACAACAACAGAAGCUCUAACCACAACUACAGUUGCUCCAACCACAAGAACAGAGACACCAACCACAACAACAGCAGCUCCAACCACAACCACAGCGGCUGCUACCACAACAGCUUCUCCAACCACAACCACAGCAGCUCCAACCACAACCACUGACGCUCCAACCACAACAACAAUUCCUUCAACCACAACAGCUGCACCAACCACAACCACAGCAGCUCCAACCACAACCACAGCAGCUCGAACCACAACCACAGCUGCUCCAACCACAACAACAAUUCCUUCAACCACAACACCUGCACCAAGCACAACCACAGCAGCUCCAACCACAACCACAGUGGCUGCUACCACAACAGUUUCUCCAACCACAACCACAGCUUCUGAAACCACAACAGCUUCUCCAACAACCACAGCAGCUCCAACCACAACCACUGACGCUCCAACCACAACAACAAUUCCUUCAACCACAACAGCUGCACCAACCACAACCACAGCAGCUCCAACCACAACCACAGCUGCUCCAACCACAACAACAGCUGCUCCAACCACAACAACAAUUCCUUCAACCACAACAGCUGCACCAACCACAACCACAGCAUCUCCAACCACAACCACAGUGGCUGCUACCACAACAGUUUCUCCAACCACAACCACAGCUUCUGAAACCACAACAGCUUCUCCAACCACAACCACAGCGGCUCCAACCACAACCACUGAUGCUCCAACCACAACAACAAUUCCUUCAACCACAACAGCUGCACCAACCACAACCACAGCAGCUCGAACCACAACCACAGCUGCUCCAACCACAACAACAAUUCCUUCAACCACAACACCUGCACCAAGCACAACCACAGCAGAUGCAACCACAACAACAGAAGCUCUAACCACAACUACAGUAGCUCCAACCACAAGAACAGAGACACCAACCACAACAACGGCAGCUCCAACCACAACCACAGAGGCUGCUACCACAACAGUUUCUCCAACCACAACCACAGCUUCUGCAACCACAACAGCUUCUCCAACCACAACCACAGCAGCUCCAACCACAACCACAGAUGCUCCAACCACAACAACAAUUCCUUCAACCACAACAGCUGCACCAACCACAACCACAGCAGCUCCAACCACAACCACAGCUGCUCCAACCAAAACAACAGAGACACCAACCUCAACAACAGCUGCACUGACCACAACCACAACAGCAGCUCCAACCACAACCACAGCGGCUGCUACCACAACAGCUUCUCCAACCACAACCACAGCAGCUCCAACCACAACCACUGACGCUCCUACCACAACAACAAUUCCUUCAACCACAACAGCUGCACCAACCACAACCACAGCAGCUCCAACCACAACCACAGCUGCUCCAACCACAACAACAGCUGCUCCAACCACAACAACAAUUCCUUCAACCGCAACAGCUGCACCAACCACAACCACAGCAGCUCCAACCACAACCACAGUGGCUGCUACCACAACAGUUUCUCCAACCACAACCACAGCUUCUGAAACCACAACAGCUUCUCCAACCACAACCACAGCGGCUCCAACCACAACCACUGAUGCUCCAACCACAACAACAAUUCCUUCAACCACAACAGCUGCACCAACCACAACCACAGCAGCUCGAACCACAACCACAGCUGCUCCAACCACAACAACAAUUCCUUCAACCACAACACCUGCACCAAGCACAACCACAGCAGAUGCAACCACAACAACAGAAGCUCUAACCACAACUACAGUAGCUCCAACCACAAGAACAGAGACACCAACCACAACAACGGCAGCUCCAACC